CGGGGCACGCGGCUUGCAGCCUCGCUCGGACCCCUGUCCGCGGGGCGGGGCGGGGCGGGGCGGGGCUUUGGCCUUUUAGGGUCCGCGCGCCGGGUCGCGCAGCAGAGCUGCCGCCGCCAUGGCUGCGUUCGAGGUGGACAGCCCCGACGUGGUGUACGGCCCCGACGCCAUCGAGGCGCAGUACGAGUACCGCACGACGCGCGUCAGCCGCGAGGGGGGCGUCCUCAAGGUCCGCCCGGUCUCCGCGCGCCUGUGGAUCCGCACGGAGCGGAAGGUGCCGCGCCUGGGGCUCAUGCUGGUCGGCUGGGGCGGCAACAACGGCUCCACGCUCACGGCCGCGCUGCUCGCCAACCGCCUGCGCCUCGCCUGGCCCACGCGCGCCGGCCGCAAGGAGGCCAACUACUACGGCUCGCUGACUCAGGCGGGCACCAUGAGCCUCGGCCUGGACUCCGAGGGCCGCGAGGUCUUCGUCCCCUUCAGCUCCGUGCUGCCCAUGGUGGCGCCCGACGACCUGGUCCUGGACGGCUGGGACAUCUCGUCGCUGGACCUGGCGGCGGCCAUGCGGCGCGCGCGGGUGCUGGAGCCCGCCCUGCAGGAGCUGCUGCGGCCGCACAUGGAGCCGCUGCGUCCGCGGCCCUCGGUGUACGAGCCCGACUUCAUCGCCGCCAACCAGGGCGCGCGCGCCGACAACCUCAUCCCGGGCACGCGCGCGCAGCAGCUGGAGCAGAUCCGCAGGGACAUCCGCGACUUCCGGGCCAGCUCGGGGGUGGACAAAGUCAUCAUCAUGUGGACAGCCAACACCGAGCGCUUCUGCGACGUGGUGGCCGGCCACAACGACACGGCCGACAACCUGCUGCGCGCCAUCGAGCUGGGCGGCGAGGUGUCCCCGUCUACGCUGUUCGCCGUGGCCAGCAUCCUGGAAGGCUGCGCCUUCCUCAACGGGUCCCCGCAGAACACGCUGGUGCCGGGCGCGCGGGAGCUGGCGGUGCAGCGCCGGGUUUUCGUGGGGGGCGACGACUUCAAGAGUGGCCAGACCAAGGUCAAGUCGGUGCUGGUAGACUUCCUCAUCGGCUCGGGGCUCAAGACCAUGUCGGUCGUGAGCUACAACCACCUGGGCAACAACGACGGCAGGAACCUGUCUGCGCCCAGCCAGUUCCGCUCCAAGGAGGCGUCCAAGAGCGGCGUCCUGGGCGACAUGGUGCGCGCCAACCCCGUGCUCUACGCGCCCGGAGAGGAGCCGGACCACUGCGUGGUCAUCAAGUACGUCCCCUACGUGGGCGACAGCAAGCGGGCGCUGGACGAGUACACGUCGGAGCUGAUGCUGGGCGGCACCAACACGCUGGUGCUGCACAACACGUGCGAGGACUCGCUGCUGGCGGCCCCCAUCAUGCUGGACCUGGCGCUGCUCACGGAGCUGUGCGAGCGGGUGUCGCUGCGGGCGGCCGGAGACCCCGAGCCCCGGCGGCUGCACGCGGUGCUGUCCCUGCUCGGCUUCCUGUUCAAGGCGCCGCUGGCGCCGCCGGGGGAGCCCGUGGUCAACGCUCUGUUCCGCCAGCGCAGCUGCAUCGAGAACAUUCUCCGGGCCUGCGUGGGGCUCCCGCCGCAGCACCACAUGUUCCUGGAGCACAAGCUGGAGCGCCCUCUCUUCCCGGACCGCCAGAGCUCCAAGGAGGAGGCCGAGAGCCCGCAGACGCCCCCCGCCUGAACCCGGCCCCGCCGAGCGCCCUAAUAAAGCCGGGCCUGCAC